AUGCUCGCUACUCUGCAUGCGGACAAGACAAGAAGCUGCUCCAGCAAAGGCAGCGACAACAGCAAGACGUUCUCUUGUCGACAUGCACAACAACAGCGAUCAACGGGCUGCAUGGGCGUGUGCCCAAGUGGCGGCGGGCUGCACACGGCGCACGUGGGAACAACAAUGAGGCAAAGCAAAGAAAAAAAACCCUGCGCCAGAGCGAUGAGUCUUUGGCCCAGGUCGCGCUGUUGUGUGGCAAACAGGCAAGCUGGCCAUAGCGCCCGACCUGGCAAUGACUGGACCGGGGCGGCGCUGCGAGGGAGGGUACGGGGGUUCCUAUUAGUAUCGCCAGACUGCCGCCCAGCCCGUCCUCCCUCAUCAAGACAGCAGAAAUGGACUUCACGACUCCCUACAGCGCGCCCUGGGGCCUGA